UGAGUUUAUUUGCCUUAUUCAUAACUUCUUGCUGAGUUGAACCAAACGUACUCCAAACAAUGGAACUCAACUGUGUUCAAUUUCUUCGAAACAAGACGAUACUUGUCACCGGCGCUACCGGUUUCCUUGCCAAGGUUUUUGUGGAGAAAAUUCUGAGAGUACAACCAAAUGUGAAGAAGUUGUAUCUUUUGGUGAGAGCAUCGGACAACGAAGCUGCGACUAAACGCUUACGCACAGAGGCUUUUGAAAAAGAUCUUUUUAAGGUGUUGAGAGAGAAUCUUGGCGAUGAGAAAUUGAAUAGAUUGUUGUACGAAAAAAUUGUCCCGAUCCCAGGUGAUAUCGCGACGGAUCAUUUAGACAUAAAUGACUCCGAUCUUAGAGAACGUAUGCAAAAAGAAAUUGAUAUUGUCGUCAAUGUUGCAGCCACAACAAACUUUGACGAGAGAUACGAUGUUGGCCUUGGGAUCAACACAUUUGGAGCUCUCAACGUCCUUAACUUUGCCAAAAAAUGUGAUAAAGCUCAAUUGUUUCUCCAUGUCUCUACUGAUUAUCAGAAUGGAAUGAAAUAUAAUUUGAUGUUUAGGGCAAAGCUUCAUGGAUGGCCAAACACAUAUGUUUUCACCAAAUCGAUGGGAGAGAUGCUUCUUGGUAACCAUAAAGAAAAUCUUCCUCUCGUCAUCAUCCGUCCUACCAUGAUCACUAGCACUUUUUCAGAACCAUUUCCCGGAUGGAUCGAAGGAUUAAGAACCGUAGACAGCGUGAUUAUCGCAUACGGAAAGGGAGUGCUCAAGUGUUUUCUUGUCGAUGUAAACUCAGUUUGCGAUAUGAUACCAGUGGAUAUGGUUGCAAACGCAAUGAUCACGUCUGCAGCCACACACGCUGGAGGUUCAGGGGUUCACAUGGUGUACCAUGUCGGUUCAUCUCAUCAGAACCCAGUGACAUUUGGAGAGAUUCAUGAGAUUGCGGUUCGUUACUUCACCAAAAACCCUUUGCGUAGUCGCAGUACAGGCUCGCUCAUAGCCGUCUCCAAACUGAGGUUCAUAUCAACCAUGGGUUUGUUCAGCCUCUACAUGACCUUACGUUACAAACUACCUCUCCAGUUAUUAAAAUUGAUUGAUAUAAUAUACCCUUGGAGAAAAGGAGAUAAAUACGGAGACAAGAACCGUAAAAUAGAGUUGGUGAUGAGAUUGGUAGAGCUUUACGAGCCUUACGUACUCUUCAAGGGCAUAUUCGACGAUAGAAAUACUAAGAGCUUAUGCGCCAACCAAAAGGAAGAGGAGAGCCAAAAUUCAGAAAAAAUGAUGUUUGAUUUCGACCCAAAAGUCAUUAACUGGGGAGAUUAUCUCACAAGUAUACACAUUCCUGGUCUCAUCACUCAUGUGCUUAAAAAAUAAAACCACAUGCAAAAAAAUUAUUAAGUUCUGCAUGUAUCACCAAUAAGACACUCUCCCUGAUGGGAACAAAUAUAUAUAUUUAUUUAUUUGUACUGUAAACGUAAUUCUUUAAAAAUAAAACAUAAUUUCUGCUUUUCCAUCAAUGGAAAGUACUAUUUAUUUGAUAAUACUAAGUAUGAUACAUAUUUUGUAAGAAAUAAGUAAGGUUUGUUUCUUAUACAAUCUUAUUGUGGUU